AUGCAAGAAGCAUCUGAAUCGUUCACUAAUGGUGUCGAUUGGAGUAACAGUGCUGAACCUACAUCACAUUGUUGGUUGCCUUACUCUAGCGAAACAUCUUCUACUUCGCGUUUAUGUGCUUGUAUUUUGUGUAAAAACCGUAAAUCAACUUCCGAUUUCCCUCUUAUUCAAUGUGCAACUUGUUUAUUAAUCGUACAUGCUACUCAUCUUUCUGAAUUAGAAGAAUCUACAACGACUGAUCAUCACAGAAUUCCACCAUGUCGACCAUCAUUCGUAGAUAAUAACAUAGCAGACAAUGUCGAUAUGCACGAUCAACACUAUUGGUCACACGUUUCAACUCUUUCAACACCAUGCACAUAUUGCAAACGUAAAUCAUCGGAUGGUCUUGUAUGCAUGUGGUGUUCUCGAAGUUAUCAUCGGCAAUGUUGGGAAAAUAUCAAAGAUAACGAAGAGAAUAGUAAGUGUGAUUAUGGUAAAUUUAGUAACAUUAUUGUUCGUCCACAAUGGUUGCGUCGUGUAGACGAUUCACCUUUUGGUUUUCGUGCACAAAUGCCGGCGUAUGUUGAAAUAAAUGAUACAUCACUGACGCCUGUGAUAUUUUUUAUUAAUAAACUGUCUGGUGGCCAAAAAGGUCAGGAGAUCUAUCGUAUGCUCGUUCGUAUACUAAAUCCUCGUCAAGUAUUUUUUCUUGAAAACGAUUCGACCAUUACGAGAGCAUUGAAUAUCUAUGCGUCUCUUACUAAUACACAUAUUUGCAUAUGUGGUGGUGAUGGAACAGUUGGUUGGGUACUAAGUCAUCUUGUAGAUACAUUUCCAGCAUUGAAAAAUCCACCAGCAAGUAUUUUACCAUUAGGUACUGGCAAUGAUUUAUCACGUGUACUUUGCUGGGGUUAUCAAUAUGCAUCGGGACAAUUGCUAAAAACGCUUUCACAAAUACCUCACGCACACCCUACGAUACUUGAUCGUUGGAGAAUUCAUAUUGAAACAUUGGAAACAAAUUCAUCGAAUGAUGAAUCUCUAAAUAGACAUCGAAGUUUUUUCUCAUUUAUAGAUCAGCCGAAGUUUAUUCAAAAUGCCGAUCAACCAAUGUAUGAAAAUCAUCAUACACCAAUUAAUAUGUUCUUUUUCAAUUAUAUCAGUUUUGGAUUGGAUGCAGCUGUUGUACUCGAUUUUCAUGCUCGUCGAACACGUGAUUCAUCAAAAUUCACGUCACCAUUGAAGAAUAAAUUAAUGUUCAUAAAAGAAAGUCGCAAAUAUUUCAAUGAAUUCGCUUUUGGCAUAGCAUGGAAUCUUGGUUCAUACAUACGUUUAAUAUGUGAUGAUCAAGAUAUGACAGAGUCCAUACGACAUUGUCAUUCUCUUGUUCUACUUAAUACUCGAGGUUUUGGUGCAGGUACUCAUCCUUGGGGUGGAACGUCAGUAAAUACAGUACCAUCCCAAACGAUUGAUCAUUCAGAUGAUGAUUCUUCUAAUCAUGACGUUACACAGUCCACUAUAAAUCAUUUUGAAGCACAGAAUUUUGGUGAUGAGAAGGUUGAAGUACUUGGUUUAAAUACAAUGCAGAUGGCUUUAAUUCAUAUAGGUUUUCGUGGAACACGUAUUGCUCAAUGUAGGCAAGUACGUAUUGAACUUAGUCAUCCGAUGCCGGCACAUAUGGAUGGUGAAGCUUUCUAUCUGGCUCGCUCUACAGCUAUCAACAUUACACAUGCUGGUCAAGUUAUGGUAUUAAGAAAUGACAACAGAUAA